GCGGGAGAGCGCCAGGGGCACGGCGGCGGCAUGGCUUCGUCGGAAGGGAAGAACGAUCUGUGGUUCGCCGACUGGAUGGCAGCUCUGCCCGGCAGCAUCCACCGCACCCCGCUCACCAACCUGGCCAUCCCAGGGUCUCAUGACUCAUUUAGCUUCUACAUUGAUGAAGCCUCUCCAGUUGGGCCUGAACAGCCAGAGACGGUCCAGAAUUUUGUGUCUGUUUUUGGGACUGUGGCUAAAAAGCUGAUGAGGAAGUGGCUGGCUACACAGACCAUGAACUUCACCAGCCAGCUGGGGGCAGGUAUACGGUAUUUCGAUCUUAGAAUUUCUACCAAGCCCAGAGACCCAGACAAUGAACUCUACUUUGCUCAUGGUUUAUUCAGUGCCAAAGUCAAGGAGGGUCUGGAAGAGAUCAAUGCAUUUCUUGCUGAUCACCCAAAAGAAGUGGUCUUCUUGGACUUCAAUCACUUCUACGGGAUGCAGAAAUACCACCAUGAAAAGCUUGUCCAAAUGCUCAAAGACACGUAUGGAAACAAAAUGUGUCCUGCCAUAUUUGCCCAUGAAGUCAGCCUCCAGUACCUGUGGGAAAAGGAACACCAAGUGCUAGUGUUCUACCACAGUCCAGUGGCUCUCGAAGUACCAUUUCUUUGGCCAGGCCAGAUGAUGCCAGCUCCCUGGGCAAACACAACAGAUCCGGAAAAACUGAUUCAAUUCCUCCAGGCAUCAAUCACUGAAAGAAGAAAGAAGGGCUCCUUUUUUAUAUCUCAAGUAGUGCUGACGCCAAAGGCUAGUACGGUGGUGAAAGGGGUUGCUAGUGGUCUCAGAGAAACGAUCACAGAAAGGGCUCUUCCUGCAAUGAUGCAGUGGGUCCGAACUCAGAAACCAGGAGAAAGUGGUGUGAAUAUUAUCACUGCAGAUUUUGUAGAACUUGGUGACUUUAUCAGCACAGUCAUAAAGCUCAACUAUGCCCUGGAUGAAGGUGAAGAUGACACUACUUGAUAGUACUAUAAUAUGUGUGUUGCUGCGUUAUUUAGAAUUGAAAAAAAAAGAUUGCAUUUUAAAAGAAUUAUCUUGUAAAACACUAAUCUUCCUAUAACACACUGAGGUGUUUAGGGCUUUAGUGGGUGGGCAUAGGGGAAAUGUUUUAAUCAAUUAUGAUCAUUUUUCUACAUUUGUGUUUCAUCUGAAGAGCAAAACUAAACAUGUUUACAAUGUUUGAUAAAAGAAGGCCAUUUACAUGUUUUCCAUGAGGUACCAAAUGCGAUUCAUGUCUCUUCUACGAUUAUGAACAGUGCCAAUAGAUUUGCUGCUUUUGGAGCAAUGGGAUGUAUAUUGCCCUCUGCCUGCCCACAGCAGGAUUCCCAACAGUGUGAGCAUUGCACCGGGAGACUGAGGACAGUAUAUCUGACCUGAAAAUUUUAAGCUGCUACACUUCAUCUAUUAGGUGGUUUAACUGAUUGUAUUUAUCAGUGAGCUACAGGUUUAAAUGUCUUUGUGAAGUAAAUUCAAAGCCAUGCCUCUAACACACGCAUAAUCAGUGGACAGUAAACAUGAUGUAUUACGUAGCUUGCACAGAGCACAGAUUAAAUCCUACUUGCUUUUCAUUCUCAAAAUGGGGUUUUCCUAUGUCUCUGCCCCAGGUCAAGUCAGCAGAUAUGUGAUGCUGGCCUAACUCUGUACUAGGAACUGCCAGUGCGAAUUUUCCUUGAUUCUAGCAGAACAAAGUUAGGACAGCUUGGAGCACCACUUCCUCCCAGGAUUAAUCUUAUGUAAGACCCUGACCCAUCGCCCACUGAAUUUAAUAGGAGAAUUUCCUAUGUUUAGCAUGGAGCUAGCAUAAAUUGGGCAUAGGAUCAGUAACUUUGUGUACUGUAAGGCAGGCAGGAUUUUGUCCCAUACUGGAAAUCUACUUUCUGCAGGACUAAAACUGAACUUAAAAAGAAUAAGCGCAGUCGAAGCUUCUCUUUAAGGCAGCUGCGAACACAAUACUUCUCUGCUGAUUACAAAAAACAUCAGUGCGAGUUUCAUCAGUGAAAAAUUGCUGUACUAAAGAGUGUAGUAGUUCAAUUUCUAGCUAAUAACAAUACUUUAUAGUCCUUAAAUUGUUUGUGCGAUAUAAUACUGCAUAACACAAGAUUGGAAGUCUACUUAAUGGUACUGUUCUAGCAGCAGAAUCGCUGAUCAUCCUACUUUUAAUGAAACAUACAUAAAACUCAAAUAUAUGGAAAACUUAGUGAUUUAUAAAAUGAGAGCAUUGCCACUGUAUGACACCUAACUGGAUACAAUCCAAUCAGUCAUAUCUCCUGGACACAUCAAUGCACAGGCACACAACUUUGGAAGGCAAAACAUUUCAUUUGUGCAAAACAAUAGAUGCUAUAAUGUCUUACAAGGAAAAUGCUCUUUGAAAUAUUGCAGGGCUUUAUGGGAUAAGAUUAAGGGCAAGUUUCCAUUGAUACUACCAGAACUUUUGGUUGAGUGAGAAAAGAGAAUGGCUAUUUUCUGUCAAAUGAUAAGGAAUACCAUCUACCAUCGGAGUUUAGAAAAACAAAAAAUGGUCUUAUCAAACUGGUAGGUUACAGGAGGUGUUAUAGGGGUUUUGUUGUUGUUUUUAGUUUAGGAAGAAGUGGAAUAAAAUGAACACUUGCUGCUAUUUUGUACUGAGAGGGUGCCUUGGAAAAAGUCUGUGUGUGUGUGUGUACUAUAAAGAAACAUUUAAGUGUAUGUGUAGUAUAAUGACACAUUUAUAUGUAUGUAUAUGACACAAAGACAUCCAUGCACACUUGAUGCAUAGUGAUAUUCGGGUUUCUGGACAGAAGUAUUAUAAAUUUGGUUGAAAAAAACUGUGCAGCUGUUACAAAGUUAUGAUGCCUCCUUCAGUAGCAGUUUUUUCUGUGUAGGUUAGGACUGUAAGACUCAUCCCCAGUGUAAUCUGUGAUCUAAGCCAGUUAGGUUUUUUACAGUAUUAAAACUUUACCUGAACUGCCUCAAAAAUUUACAAAGAGUCACAGCCCAUCUUUGCAUUGAACGACAGGUAGGACUCUAGUGCUUUCACCCACAACUAAACAAGAUACGGGGUGGGUUGAUGCACUUUGUUUGCAUUUUCCACAGGCUCUCCAAGCAAAAUUCAUGCAACAGACACAUAAAAUGAAACAUGAGCAUGUAUGGUUUUUUGAACCCACCCUAUGUGAGUGUCCCACAUAGAAACAUCAAAAUGUUGGCUUAUUUAUUGGCGAUGUGGUGUGAAAUGCUCUUUCCAUUUUUCCGUUUAGCUGGAUUUGUUUGCUUCCAGACUCCUCUUGUCACCCUUCAGCUGCUUAAGUAUAGUCAAAAGAGUUAACCUAUCCUUGUAAUAUAGUAAAGUAAUCUGAAUCCUUGGGUGGAGCAAAAACUAGCUUUCUUUUUUUGGAUUCUGACUGAAAUUCUGUUGAAUCUGAGAGCAUCAACAGCACCGAGUUCCUCCUGGGACCCCCCAGCUCAAACACACACCAGGCACACUGAGCUUUUCGCUUGCACAGAGAUGUACUGAAGGCAAAUGUUCUGCUGUAUUUAAGAAAAGUGUGUGUGUGUGUGUGUGUGUGUACGCGUGCGCCUGUAUAUAUGAAUAAAUAUAGAGCUAUCUUGAGCUUGUUAGUGUUAUUAUGAAAUGUUUGCUUAGCAUCAGUUUUAUUCUAAUUGUCAUUGGGGUGCUGUAAAAUAAAAGUAAAGCAAAAAAAAAAAUCCUCUGACAAGAAGGAUAAUAGCCAAAUCAUAUAGUUUCUUCAUUAAUGGGGAAAAAAAUCUUAGCAAAAUACUAUAUUUUGAUCAGAAAAAUCAUGUUUUCAUUUAGCUGUCGAUCUCCUUUCUGUUGGAGAAGCACAGCACUUUAUGUUGGGGACAGGUAAACAACUUGCCUUAAUCACUAAAACAAAAAGUUGUGUGAGGGGCAUACUGUCCGUGCUUUUCUGGUGAUUUCCUCUGCAAGGCCCCAAAACUGUAAGUCCUGAUAGGGAUGCACUCCCUGUUGAUACUGUUUGGGAGAUCUUGCCAGAAAAGAACAAGCCAGAAGGGACUAUGCAGCACAACUGGACCAUUCAAGAGCCCCGUUUUGCCACCCAUAUGCAGCUAAAACUCUCUUUGAUUUCAACCAGAAAUGUGCUUGCAGGGUUGGGUCAGAUGAGUUGUUCUGACCUGAUUCAUUUGGGAGGUUUCUACACAUGUAUUAUGAGGAAUCUUGCAUGGGAAAUUAGAUGACUGUAAUCAGCCCGUCAGAGGAAAAAUACUUGUCUACACUAUGGAUCUUCAUAAGCAUCUAUUUACUCAAACUGUCAUGUCAUUCUCCACUAAAACAUUUUUUUUCUUCCUGUACUUAUCUUCCUCCUCAAUAUGCUCAUUGUAUACACAUCAAGUAGUAUUGUUUUCUGACAUUUUCACAUGAGUACUUGAUUCUAUCUUUUCAGUCAUACUUGAAAAAUUGUGACUGUGCUGCACAACACAAGCAGUGUCUCAGCUGGUGUAAACCUACCUGGCUCCAUUUUUCAGUUUACACAAGCUGAGAUGUCUUCGUUUGGUAUUGAUCCUACCUGCAGUGAUUUGGACCAAACAGCAGCUGGUCCUGGUGUCUGAUUCCUGCCUUGUGUGGAGAGGGGUAAGAUCAGAAUCAGACCACAGGAGCCUAGAUUUAAAAUCAGUGGGUUAUUUGCAUUCCUUUGCUGUUGGUUACAUUACUGGUUUUCUAGGUCCUGCCAUUUCAAGCUGUUUUUUUAAACAUACACGUGUGUGUAUACAUAUGCAUAUGUGCAUGAGAGAGAAUGUAUGAUCCUGUAUGCUGGGCUAAGUCUUUCUGUCAUACUGAUACAAAUCUAGACCAUUUCUACUAACAUCAAAGUAAUUACUAAACCUUUACCCUGGCAUGAGGGGGAGCAGAUAGUCAGUGUAUUGCAAAGGAAAUUUAAAAUCAUGGAGCUUAACUCCACAAUAUCAAAAAAGUGGAGUGUCCUGAAAACACAGCUCCAGUGCUGUUAAUCCUGAAUAUAGUAUAUGGAGCACUAGUCAUUAGCAACUGAGUAGGCUGUUUGGUGACUUCAGGAGUUCAGGUAACACCGUUUUAAACUUCUAAACUCCGUUUCAGUGAAGUAAAACCUAAUAGUGUAUAUGAUGUAUUUGCCAUAUCAGUGGUAGCUUCUGUGUUACAUACAGUCAAUGUUGUUCUGAAUUGUGUAUGUUUACCCAAUAAUGAGGUUAAAAUAUGCUGUAUAGUAUGUGCAAUGUAUUGAUUACAAGUAUGUUGGAGUUCAGUGAUCUGUUUAGUUUUUACUGUGCUGCUGUUUUGUAGGUAUGUGUGUGUAUAGGAGUAUGGAUUGUCUACAGUGUACAAGGAAAUAAUAAUUAAUCCUAAAGGAAAAGGGCAGUUAUGUAACCUGCCUUAAUGCAUCCACAUAAUAUUGUUUAAAUCCCAUAAUUAUCAGUUCUAAUUUGGAACGUUAACAAGGAUUGUCCAUAGGGCUGACUCCCUCACUUUUCGGCACUAAGGAGUUAAGCUUGAAGUUACUUGGAGCUCACUUACAUAUUGGUAAAUAAAGAAUAGGAUGUUCACCUGAUCUACUACCUUGAUUGUACAAGGUGGCAAAGAUGUGGUUUCCAGUGUGAUACAGGUCAGAUCACUUCUGUGCACACACAGCUCCUGCUGAUGCCAGCGGGAAUUGUGGACAUGUAAUUGAAUGGUCUAAAAUUCAUCUUCUGGAAUACAAUCAUGAUAGGAGGGUGGUGAUACCCUGGCUUUGGGGAAGUGCCUGGAUGCUAUGCAAUACUGCUCAUGUCCUAUGCUGGAACGUAGCUGUAAAUUCGCAGGAGGAGCUUUGAACUCUGCUCCAGUCUAGGUUGGACUGUAAAAAUUCUUAUGUAAAAAUGAUAAAUGUCAAAGGCUGAGCAGCCUGGCCUGGCCUGCCCAUGUACAGCAUUCUGCUUUCAGGAGCCAUGGCAGCUUUAAUUAAAAAAGCUAUAAUAAUUUCCCAAUGUCUUGCAGGACCUAGUGCUCUACUUAGGAAUCGCUACAUUGCCCACAGGUAUGACCCCUGUAGCAUUCCCACAGCCAGGUCUAGGUCUCUCUUCACAGUUUCUGUCUGAGAUGCCUCUGCCUGAUGCCAAGGGUAAUGCUGAAAGAUGUACUGAACUCAGAGAGGGUCCGCCUCAUGCCUGACUGGUUGGACAGGAGUAGGCAGGGCAUGCCUGCCUUACGGUACGUUUGGUGUGAGGUCACCUUCAGUCAGACACACCUGAACAGUGACUGAGGGAAGGCAGAAGUCUCAUUUGAGACCCUCUUCUGUUAUCUUUGUCUAGUUACAAUGCAACAUCUUCCCAGUCUUCUCCUUUGCCUCUGCUCAGUGCUCCUUAUCUCACCUUCUGCAUAUGCAUCCCUUUAACUGCCAGCUGUGAGCAACACUGCUCAGGGUGAGUAUUACAUAUUUGUCAUCCUCAGUACACCGUAGCAAUCCACAAGUUCUUAUAAGAUGUUAAGUACGGUGCUAAAAGAUGGUGGUGUCCCACAUCUGAUGUUCCAGGAUGGUUUAUCUCCACACUCCAAGUUAUGUACACAUGUCCUCUUAUGUGGGCCUGACCUUGGCUGAUGAGCAUUCAGUUAUAAAUUUUCUCCCUCCAAAUUAAAAACAGAUUGGAUGAUACGCCAAUGAGUAUGUCCUGAGAUGGAGGUACACUUAGGCUUUUUUUCUGCAGUGAGAUGAUACAUACUAGUCUCUUCCCUCAGCUCUGGGUCCUACAAAAGUCAAUUUGAUAGGGAGAGAUUCCUCAAGUAGCUGAAAUCAGUUUUGCUGUGAAGCUGGGAUCCUUAAAGCAGAAUCCUGGGUUUAUGUGUAAUUGUUACUAUUGAAAAUAAAAAUACAUAGUUAAAAAUAUAAUUUUAAAAAGAAAAAGAAGAAAUAUCUGGGCUUACCAGGACAGUUGUUACGUUUUUGACUGCCUCAGUCAUCGGUAGCUUUAGGAUCAUGUAGGUGAUGAUUAGAAUGUUAUUGCCACACUGCCUCCUGACACUGUUCAGGGUCUCUGUACAGAAGCCUUAUUAUUCCCAAUGAGCAUUAAUGCAUUUGAAUGACUUUCCUCCUUUUGGUGGGAAGGACAAUUGUGUAACACUGAGGACAUGGAGCUCCCUGUGUGUUAUGCCCACAAAGGUUCACAGAGCUGCACCUUCUCUUUUUGGGAUCUAUUCAAUGGUACUUUAAUAAAUGUUGUGUAAAAAAUGCCUACAGUUCUGUAUAGCAAAUGUGAAUUUUUAUGACGAGAAUGUGUACUUAAUGUAAAAAAAGAGUAAUAUAAAAUCCAGUUUCUUUGUACCCAGUGAAACAUCUAAUAAAGCUCUGGUACCUGUA